AUUUUGACACGUAAUAAGACACUUGGGAAUUAUAUGUGCUUUACCUUACCUAAAUAUCUUCUUUUGUAUUCUGGUGUUUCUCUCUGAAGAAGCGCUUAUCAUAGAAUCAGACAAUAAUCAGAGAGUUUCUAGUUUCAGCUUUCUACAACCAUCGAUUUUCUGAUGGAGUUAGGGAUUGAUGGCUCUGUUAAUUGCGAUGCAGUAAGAGAUGCUAUCGAUGCAGUAAGAGAUGCUGUCAUGGUUGAAGUCGGUAGCAUACCUGAUGAAAACAUAGAAGAAGAAAGUUCUGCUGAACCAACUUACAAACAAGACCAAGAUGAUAACGUGACUCAAGAUUCUUCUGCAGGAGCAUUAACAAUUCCCUCAGCAGUUCCCACACUACCGGACGGUUCUGCUGAUGAGCCCUAUGUGGGUCAGGAGUUCGAGUCGGAAGCAGCAGCACAUGCCUUUUAUAAUGCAUACGCAGCCGAGGUUGGAUUCAUCAUACGCGUAAGCAAACUCUCACGAUCAAGGCGUGACGGAACUGCUAUUGGACGCGCUCUUGUUUGCAACAAAGAGGGUUACAGAAUGCCUGAUAAGCGCGAAAAGAUCGUAAGACAAAGGGCAGAGACAAGGGUUGGUUGUAGGGCAAUGAUUAUGAUGAGGAAAAUUAAUUCUGGUAAAUGGGUUAUUACAAAGUUUGUAAAGGAGCACACACAUCCCUUGAAUCCCGGAAGUAAUAGAAGGGAUUGCAUGUUUGAACAAUAUCCGUCUCAGAACGAACAUGAUAAAAUCCGCGAAUUAUCUCAGCAGUUGGCAAUAGAGAAGAAGCGAUCAGUAACUUAUAAAAGACAACUUGAAGUGAUAUUUGAUUAUAUCGAGGAGCAUAAUGUGACCCUUUCACACAAAAUACAGCACAUAGUAGACAGUGUGAAGCAGAUGGAAACCUAAAGAAGAAGAAGAAGAUAAUCAUUGAUAGCUUCAGCUUUCAAUUAUCUAGUUUUUUUUUUAAUCAUUACUAUUAUUCAAUCUACUGUCAGUGUCCAAAAAUGCCCCAAAAUGAGGUGUGCAAUAAUAUCGGAAUUGGAUUCUGUGCAGUCACACUGCAUUCAGUUAGGACAUCUGGACCGUCCGAUCAAUAUCAGGCGGUUCAGAUUUUAAUAUCAGAUUUUAACUGUUUUAUAAGUAUAAAAUUCAAGCUAAAAAUUUGGACUGUCUGAUCUUAAUCAAAAGGUCCAGAUAUGACCGAGUGGAAUGCAGUCACCUCUCUCCGACUGCAUAGAAUCCGGAUUCUAUAAUAUCCAAUAAUAACUGCUGUCAUAGGUAUCUACUUAUAGUAUUUGGUUAAAUAGUUCAGUGUGAUGCAAUGGUAUUCAUAGAAUUGCUUUUUAUUUAUGCUGUCAAAUUUAGUUUAGUAGAAGAAACUAGUUUCAAUCAAAUGUAUAGGCACUUUGAGUCCAUUCAUAUGAAGUUGCUGCUAACAGCUAUGAUAACUCAUAAAAGGCAUUCAUAUGUACUGAUAGAGCUUAAUUAAUCCGUUGCUGAUUUUGUAAAAUUUGAUCUAAGCUUGUCCCCUUUGUAUAGAUCGGUCUACAUGGACCAGGCGCGUAUUGUAACAUUGACCCGAAACAAUAUGUAUUUCUCUAACUAAUGGUGUUUGAACUUGUA